UUUGGCAAUGGAUUGGACAGGACUGGUAGUCGUGGUGCGCAUGCGCACACCGUCCGCGAAACCUGGUGAUAGCACAAUGGAGCGAGCAGCCGGAGUAAUGUUUUGACCGCUCACAGGACUGUCAUUAGCCUUCAGGUCACAUACAGGUGGACUUCACUGGUGUGGAUGGCCUGAUUCUCUCUACUGACGGGGGCCGACUUACACUCAGAGCUUCUCUUUCUCUGUCUCUGAAGUUGGAUGGAUGGACAGGAAGAUGCCACUUUGGAGGGUGAUGUACAGUCACAGCUGCUGGUGCGCUUGAGAAGUAGGCCGGGGGACCGUUCCGCUUUACCUGGAAUCGAUGAACCUGAACAACUGGCUUUAGCUGAGGCAGUGCAGCAGGACAAAGCAGUGCCUGAGGCUGCUAUGGCAGAGGAAGAGUGUGGCCAGACCACCGAGGCUGCCAGUAAGGAAGACUCCGGAAACCCAGAUGUGGAGGAUCUGGACUCCUUUAAUCUGAUAGAGCCCCCACCCCUGGACUGGAGGUCUGAUACAUCCAGUGAAGAUGCUUCGGUAGCUGGCAUGGAUGACAGCAGGUUCCUGCCAUCAGACACCAUGCUUGACGUUCCUGAGAACAGUGUACAUGGCUCAUGGCUUUUCUCUGAAACCAGAGCCUGUGUACAGGAGCCAGGGCUUGAGCAAGAUGGCCACCAGGAUAGUACAGCAAGGAGAGAUGCUGAGAAGAUGGAGGAUGAAAAGGAGCAGAACGAGGAAUACAGACCAGAUGGUGGCAAUAAUCACUUUCAGAUUGAUGACCUUUUGGGCCAGCUACAGGUCGUCACGCCAACACCACAUCACAGCACGUGCACCACUGACAUUUCACAUUCUGCUUCUCACAUGCCUGUAGAGCGAACUCUUGCCCAUUCAGAAGUUAACAUGCUUCCUGAAAAUGAGGAGCACCAGUGUUCUGGGCUUCUUUUCUCUGAAAGCCAUCAAAAAGAUCUUUUGGGACUCCUGGAAUUUGAGGAGAAGGGCUCGCCACUGCAAAGGCCGGCCAGUCUAGAGUACUUAUCACACAGGAACGAGGUCGAUGCAGUGGUGUCCGUGUCCUACAGCGAGGAGGAAGGACAGAGGUUUUGGGAUUGUUUUGCAGAUACCCAGGACAUGGGCAAUAGUGGAAAUACUGUCCCAGGGCAUCUGGAGCCGCUGACAGGAGACCGCGCCUCUUUAGAAGAAGACCAAGCUGCAGCCCCUAUCAGCAGUGGGAAUUCAGAUUGUCACCCAGCCUAUAAAGACGUUCCUGGUCCCUGUGACCCAGAGGACCUUCUAGAUGGAGUUAUUUUUGGAGCCAAAUACCUGGGCUCCACACAGCUCAUGUCUGAGAAGAACCCUUCCACUAACGUCCGUAUGGCCCAGGCGCAAGAGGCUGUGGACAGGAUCAAGGCUCCAGAAGGGGAGUCUCAGCCUAUGACAGAAGUGGACCUCUUCAUCUCCACCCAGCGCAUUAAAGUGCUAAGCACAGACACACAGGAAGCCAUGAUGGACCAUUCACUCCAGAUGAUCUCAUACAUCGCCGAUAUCGGUUCCAUCUUGGUUCUGAUGGCACGUAGGAAGCCGCCAGGCAGGAAGGGGGCCGGCGACGGGCCAGAAUCAAACGCCCCCGGGCCUCGCAAGAAUUGCUGCAUGAUUUGUCACGUGUUCUCCUCUGAAGACGCGCAGGUCAUCGCCCAGGCCAUGGGCCAGGCUUUCGCAGUGGCCUAUCAGCAGUUUCUGCAGGCCAACGGCAUCAAAGCUGGAGAGCUGCGGCCCGGCGAGUACAGCGACUACCUGGGCACUCAUGAGCUGUACAACGGCGACCUGGUGCACUUCUCCCGCUCUGAGAACAUGAGAGAGGUGUGCAUUAGCAAGGUCCCCGGCGAGAUCCUGGGGCUGGCAGUCGUGGAGUCGGGGUGGGGAUCCAUCCUGCCUACGGUGGUGGUGGCCAACCUACUGCACGGGGGCCCGGCAGAGCGAAGCGGCGAGCUGAACAUCGGGGACCGCGUCAUGUCUGUCAACGGCACCAGCCUGGUGGGCCUGCCCAUCAGCACAUGCCACAGCAUCAUCAGGGAUCUUAAAAACACAUCAGAUGUAAACCUCCGCAUUGUGCGCUGUCCCCCUGUCACCAUGGCAAUAAUCCGACGGCCCGAUCCCAAAUACCAGCUGGGUUUCAGUGUAGAAGAUGGCAUUAUAUGCAGUUUAAUGAGGGGAGGCAUCGCAGAGAGGGGGGGCAUCCGUGUCGGGCACCGAAUCAUCGAGAUCAAUGGGCAGAGUGUGGUGGCCACUCCCCAUGAGAAAAUCAUUGACAUUCUCUCACAUGCUGUUGGGGAGAUCCAUUUGAAGACUAUGCCUGCUUCUACAUAUCGACUGCUGACUGGCCAGGAUCAGCCUCUUUAUCUCUGAGGACAGAGGCUGAAUGUUGUAUCAGCAGAAUACUACUGAAUCAUUUAUGCUCUAACUCAAAAUCACGAUUUGCAGUAUCACAACUGCAGCUAGUUGUAACGGUUAUUUUAAAAUUAGGUUUAAAUGAUAGAUUGGGUCUUAUUUUUGUCAUCUGAGCUGAAAGUGCUAUGAUAAGUGAUUGCCAGUGUGCCUCUGUUAGCAGUGGUUAGAAAACACCUGUACUUUCAGUUCCGAGUCACUUCUGAUUUUAGCCUGUGAUUUAAUGAGAAGAGCUGUGUUGCAGAGAGUUUCUAAUACCUUAAGGGAGACAUGAUGUCAUGCAUGAGCAUCACAUGUUUUAUGCAAUAAACACUGUUUUCUUUCCUGUUAA